GUAAAUUCAUGGAUUUCAGACAAUUUCUUGAAAAUAAAUUAUCUCUAUGCAUAUGAUCAUUUUUUGACAUAAAUUGUUCUAAUACAUUUUUAAGCAUAGUUUUUGUUUACUCGAUAAUUUUUUUUCACUAAUAACGAAUGUUCAGUUCAGAUCAUGAAAAUGGUAGUGGUGUAUUUAAAAAUAUAAUACGGCAUAUUAAAAUUUCAAGUUUAUUGUAUGUAGAUUAAUAUAGAAAAAUUCAAAACAAAACAUCAUUUAUUAGCUACACAAAAGGUAUUGAAACAAUUGUAAAGCAUACCGAAGACCAUAAAUUGUCAUAAAUAUUAAAAACAUGUUAGUAAAUUGAAAAUUAAAAAUGUUAUCUAAAUCGAAACAUUUUUAUGCCAAACAUAUUUUUGUGAAUCAAAGAAAAUAUAUGCUUUAUUUUUUAUAAAAGGCUUAAGAAAAUAUAUGCUUUUCAUAAAGAAGAAUUUUUUUUAAAAGAAAAAUACCGAUACAAAGUGUAUUUUACAAAACUCAACUAGUUUUUGUCUAAAAGUAUACCUGCCCCAUAUAUGACCUUAUCAAAUGACAUAUGAGUGAGGUAUAUGCUUAUAAAAAAUGUGAUUCCUCAUUAUAGUACCUAUUACGUCGACGUAUAUAACAUUUCAAAAAUCUUGUAAUAUAAUUUGUUAACUUCAAUUUGACAAAAGAUAUUUAUUUGAUUAUUUUGUCGGUCAAUAUAAUAUCAAUAUCUGUCUCUAUAUAUAGGUCAGUAAUAUUCAACCUAUAGUUCAGGACAUCCUCCACCUAAACAUCCUCAACAGAAGAAAAAAGCUUUAAAAACUGUCUUUAGUCUAGCAAAAAUGCAUGCAUUGGGCCCUCCAUUAUUCCCAAACUCUGGAUGGGCGUCGAGAGGAGAGUAUGAGAGAUACAACCUCAUCGGAGAUAACCAUAAAAUCGGCACGUUUCUUGAUUUUCCGGUACCGCAGACGUAUGGAGUGGUUCAUCAUCAGACCAGCUUAGGGGUUUCUGUUUCGUCAGAGGUAAAUGGAAUAAAUAACAAUUCGGUCGUGAUCAAGAAGCUAAAUCACAAUGCUAAUGAGCGUAACCGUCGCAAGAAAACCAACUCUUUGUUCUCAACUCUUCGUUCAUGUCUUCCAAGCUCAGAUGAGCCGAAGAAGCUAAGUAUUCCUCAGACGAUUUCGCGGAGCGUGCAGUACAUACCAGAGCUGCAAGAGGAAGUUAAGAAGCUAAUACAAAAGAAGGAGCACCUCAUGUUGCGAGAAUCGGGUCAAAGAGAACGUUACGCUAAGCCAGAACCAAAGGUCGCUGCUAGUUAUUUCUCCACCGUUUUUGCUACUAAGCUUAGAGAUAACGAAGUAAUGGUCCAAAUCUCAUCGUCCAAGAUUCGUAAUUUUUCGAUAUAUAAUGUUUUGAGUGGACUAGAAAAAGAUGGGCUUGUUCUCGUUGAUGUUUCAUCUUCGAGUUCUCGAAGAGAACAACUCUUCUACACCUUGCAUCUCCAAGUGGACAAGAUUGAUAAUUACAAGCUAAUUUGUGAAGAGCUAAGUCAAAGGAUCUUGUACUUGUAUGAGGAAUGUUGAAACUAGUUUAAAUAAGAGAGAUUUGUUCUUAUUUCGUUUGAACUGUGUCGUCCAUUCUAUAGAUAAUAUGUCAUUCUUGACUAAAGCCUUGUCUACUUCUAGUCGAGUUGCUUUCUGUUUUUUUUUUUCGGAGCCAGUGAUCGAUACUAAUAGACUGCCCACUACUUUGGUAUUACAGCUAUGAAAUCCAUUUUUUCAUCUACACUUGGAUUUAAUUGUUAUAAAUACUCUUCUGGUGCAAAACUCCUAAUCUAUUACUUCUACCUUUUCAUAUUUAUAUCUCAUUUGUAACAAAAUAUAUAUUUAUAUAUAACAAAAGAUAUAUAAAAAGAUUUAACUGAGUUUUGGUGUAUUAAUGAGAAAAGACAAAAGUGUGUUCACAAGAUUCGGUGAACAAUUUGACAAUUAAUAAAUGGUCCUGCUAUUUAAAGACUUAGAUUAAAAAUUAAAUAAAUGAUUAAUUGUUGUAGAUGGGCUUCCUUUGUUCAACAAAUCUCGCCAUAUAUUAAGGUCGAUCCAAGAAAAAGGCAUGCCGACAUUUAAAAACAGAUCUCCCCUACUUGAAUGAUUUAGUAAGAGGUAAAUUAUCAAGUAACCUAAAAAGGUAUAUAAACAAAGCUCGCCGUUAGAAGAAAGACGCA